CUAUCCGGCCACAUUGAAUGUAGCCAAUUUUGUUUGUUUCUCUCCAACUCACCUCAGAUAAUUAUCUACUUUGGAGAACCCAAAUAAUGGCUCUAAUUGAAAGUCAAGAGCUAUUGGGUUUUAUUGAUGGCGAGUAUGGAAUGCAUGAUCCAAAGGUACUUUCAAAUGAAAAGGAAGUACCAAAUCCAACUUAUGCAACUUGGAGACGGUCUGAUCGUCUUCUUCGUGGGUGGAUCACCGGUACCUUAUCCAAAGAGGUACUUGGAAUUGCUGUUGGACUCGAGACUGCAUCAGAAGUUUGGAAGGCAUUGGAGGACCAUUUUGUUCAAAGCUCUCAAGAAAGAGAAUUUCACUUAAUGCAGGAGAUUUCAAGUAUCCAAAAGGGUGAUGACACUCUAAGUGAGUACAUCAGAAAGUUCAAAGCCCUUUGUGAUGAACUCUCCACACAUGGUAAGACCAUUCCUGAUAAAAACAAAGUUUUUUGGUUUUUGCAAGGUUUAGGACCAAGUUAUGAAAAUUUUGUCACAACCAUGCUUAAACCACCUGUUCCAUCAUACAAAGAACUUAUUCCUCUUGUAAAAAGUCAUGAUUCCCGUAACCGUCAUCAUAACCCUUUGCCUCUGCAAAUGGCCUUCCUUACCCAAAAGACUGAACAAAGGAAUUAUUACAAAAAGAAAGGAAAUGGCCAGAAUUGGUUCAACUCUAAAGGGAAAGGUUUUAUUCAAACUAGUGCUGACAACAAGCCAAGAGCUAGUUUCAAGUUGAAUGCAGGGAAUCUGGGAAGCAUUGAGACUAAAGCUACUACCAGCAAACCUGAUGUGGUUUGUCAAAUCUGCAAUAAACAUGGACAUGCUACUCUAAAGUGUUUCAAUCGCUUCAACCAUGCAUUUCAAGCAAAUGACAUCCCUCAAGCCUUGGCUGCAAUGACUAUCAAUCAAAAUGAUGUCGCUGAGUGGUAUCCUGAUACUGGAGCAGAAGCUCACAUGACUAGUAACUCCGAAAAUACAAAUUUUAUGGGAACUACAAGGUCUAGGGCCCGUAUGAGUUCUACUUCACAACAAAAUGCCAUUACUCUUGAUUUUUCUUUGACUAUUGAUUCGGCCGACCAAUAUACAUUAGCACAAGUCCAUGCAGCAUCGUGUAUUGCUGAUGCUAUGCACCCAGAUACUAAUGGACCAAGUCAAGGGAAUGCUGCACCAGAACAGUGCUUAGACCCACCCUUGUCCCUAGCUCAAGAUACAAGCCUAGUAGAAAACAAUCAUAGCACCCGCCCUCACCACAUGAUUACAAGGUCCCAACAAGGAAUCUACAAGCCAAAUCCUAAGUACAUAUCUCUUCAUGUCGGAAUUAAGGCUUCAAACAUUCCUAUUGAGCCAAAGUCUGUGAAAUCAGCUCUGAAGCAUCCUGGUUGGACGAAGGCUAUGCAAGACGAGUUUACUGCAUUAAAAGAAAAUCAUACAUGGGAUCUUGUACCUCGCACAGAAGACAUGAAUGUUAUAGGGUGUAAAUGGGUGUUUAAGACGAAGCUGCAAGCUGAUGGGAACCUAGACAGCACUGCAGAUCCUUCCCUAUUUACAUACCAUAAUCACCAAGGUACGCUUCUUUUACUUAUAUAUGUCGAUGAUAUGAUCCUAACUGGAAGCAAUUUAACCCUUGUUGAAUGGUGUAUCAGUGAACUAGCAAGAGAACUUGCUAUCACGGAUCUUGGGCAUUUACACUAUUUUCUUGGAAUUGAAGUACAUACUAAUAAAUCUGGACUUUCUCUUUGUCAAUCUAAAUAUGCUCAUGAGUUGCUUCAAAAGGCUCAAAUGGUAGGGUGUAAACCCAUCUCUACACCUAUGGCCAUAAAGAGUCGUUCAUCUUCCUUAGCAGUGGGUGCUCUCCAAAAUCCUACCUUUUAUCGAAGCAUCAUUGGAGGUUUACAAUACCUUACUUUUACUAGACUUGAUCUUUCAUUUGCUGUAAAUCAUGUCUCACAGUUUAUGCACACCCCUACUUUAGAGCAUUUUCAAUUAGUUAAACGCAUUUUACGGUAUCUUGGAUGCACACUUGAUUAUGGGAUGCAUAUUUCUAAUCAAAGCACACUAGAAUUAUAUGCAUUUUCAGAUGCCGAUUGGGUUGGUUGUCCAUUAACUAGAUGGUCUACCACUGGCUUUUGCACCUUCUUAGGUAGCAACUGCAUCUCUUGGAGUGCAAAAAAGCAGCCUAUUGUAGCAAGAUCAAGCACUGAAGCCGAAUAUCGCUCUAUGGCAUCUACAGCAGCUAAACUCACUUGGCUUGCCAAGCUACUUGUUGAUAUUGGUUUGCAACUCUCUAACCCUCCUAUUCUUCAUUGUGAUAACUUAAGUGCGUUGUAUAUGACUGUUAAUCCAGUUUUUCAUGCUAGAACUAAACAUAUUGAAAUUGAUUAUCAUUUUGUUCAAGAAAAGGUUGCAUUGGGAAACCUCAUCACUCGUUUCGUUAAGUCUGAAUUACAGCUAGCAGACCUAUUUACUAAACCUUUGCCUAGAAAUUGUUUUAAACAGUUAUGUGUCAAACUUGGCCUUUGCUUUAUACCACGGCCUAGUUUGAGGGGGAGUAUUGGAGAACAAAUCAAGUGCAGCAAUCAAGUGAAUCAAGGCUUGAAGAUCAAAGAGAUUCAAGGACAUAAACAUAAGGAGAAAAUCAAGGAGAGCAGUAUCAAGGAAGAAAUCAAUCAAGUUAGCAACGGUACAGAGAAUAAUAAGGCUAUGAAAAUAAAGGAGAAUGUGGAAACUAACAGAGCAAUCCAAGGGAAGAAUCCAAACUGAAAUACAAGGAAAGAAUCCCAGAAUUAUUUCAAUAUGACCGUUGGUCACUCAAUGUACUCUGCAUCUUUUGCAUUUAGUUGACAGCAAUGAUUCCCAAAAUCAUGCCUUAAUGUAAGACGUUGUAAAUAAUAUAAAUAAUGCAAAUAUUUCUUUCUCUCCCUCACCUCGAGAGAAACUUUUACAGAUUAAAGUGUCAAAAAGCGUUUUUAGUAGGAACUUUGUGGGUUUGGGACUUCAGACCAGCUACGAGCUUCAAGAUUGAACAAAGGACUUGUUGAAAUAAAUUAAUUUGGUUUUUGAAACUUAAUUAAGGAUUGAGUUAACAAGUUUCCUUUUCUUUUACUGCUGCUACUUUUUAUUUGUUACUUGAGAAGAUUAUGUUGAUAAACUCUAUUUUAUUCCAAGUACACUUGUUUGAGGAAAAACUUUAUGUCUAUCUUUUAUAAUCUAUGUGGUAAUUGAGUUAAUAAAUUUUCUAUUCCUUU